GAGUGCGUUAAUUCCUUGGGAUUAUACACUCCUUGACUGCUGCAGCCUGAAGACCGUUCUGUCGGCGACACCGUCGCAAUGACCAUUUGUCAGUUCUUCCUUCAGGGCCGGUGCCGCUUUGGAGACCGGUGCUGGAACGAACAUCCCGGCGCCGGGGGUGCGGCCUGGGGACGUCAGCAGCCACAGCAACAGCCCUCAGGUAGUAACAGACGUGGAUGGAAUACCACCAGCCAGAGGUACUCCAGUGUCAUCCAGCCAGCCACUUUCUCCAAAUCCACACCAUGGGGGGGCAGCAGAGAUCAAGAAAAGCCAUCUUUCAGUUCUUUUGAUUCUGAAACUUCAACUAACAAGAAUAGGGGCUUUGGAUUGUCUCAGAACCCAUUUUCUUCACUUAGCUCUGAUGAGCAGAAAGAUGAAAAGAAACUUCUUGAAGGAAUUAUAAAAGAUAUGGAGGUUUGGGAAUCAUCAGGGCAGUGGAUGUUUUCCGUUUAUUCACCAAUGAAAAAGAAAGCUAAUAUUUCAGGUUUUACAGACAUUUCACCAGAGGAGUUGAGGCUUGAAUACCAUAACUUCUUAACCAGCAAUAACUUACAGAGUUAUCUAAAUUCUGUCCACCAGUUAAUAAAUCAGUGGAGGAAAAGGGUAAAUGAACUGAGAAGUCUAAAUACAUCAACUAAAGUAGCUUUGCUCUCUGAAGCAAAGGAUGAAGUAAAUCCAGCAGCACCUACAUUUGGAUUUGGCAGUGGGCAAGCAAUACCAUUUGGGUCACCAGGUUUUCCAGUGAAUAACAGCAGCAGUGAUAAUGCUCAGAAUUUCAGUUUUAAAACAAGCUCUGGAUUCGUCACUGCCCCUUCUGGAAGCCCUUCUGUGUUUGGGAGUCCUCCAGCAUUUGGAGCUAUAUCCUCUGCCAGUUCUGCCAUCUCUACUUCCACUCCAACUUUUGGAUUUGGGAAACCUGAAAUCACAUCUGCUGCUUCAUUUUCAUUUAAAAGUCCUGUAGCUUCCAGUGUUGUAUCACCUGGGUUUUCAGGAUUUCCAACAUCCUUGGCAGGAGGUCCUUUCGGAGCUCCAGUGGCCCCGGCCUUUGGAAGCGGCAAUUCUGUGGCUGGUUUUGGUGGUCCAAGCUCACAUUCUCACAGUGCUUUUUCCAAGCCAUCUAAUAGUGCUUUUGGAAAUGGGAGCAUAUCCACCUCUCUCCCAGUCUCAAAUGGCAUCAUCACAACAGAUAACGUAUUAUUCACACCCAAGGAUCAACUAACAGUAGGAGAACUGGAACAAUUUCAGUCCAAGAAAUUUACUUUGGGAAAAAUUCCAUUAAAGCCACCACCUGUGGAGCUUCUAAAUAUUUAAAAG